GCAGUCUGAAAUGCGGUUGGCAGCACUUUUCGGCCAUUUCCGGCAGCUCUCUUUCUUUCUUCGUUCUUCUUAUUAAAAAGAGGACGGCAUCUGCGUUUGCAGAAAAUUUAACACCAUUUAUUGGGAUUAAAAAUCAGCGAAAAUGAGCUUAGGCAACGCCAGGCCAUUGGUCUCCGUGUAUACGGAAAAGAAUGAGGCACUUAAGGAGAAGAACAUCUGCCUGCCCGCAGUGUUCAAGGCGCCUAUCCGUCCGGAUGUGGUCAACGAGGUGCACCAACUGAUGCGUCGCAACAAUCGCCAGCCCUAUGCUGUCAGUGAGCUUGCAGGUCACCAAACAUCUGCCGAAUCCUGGGGUACUGGUCGUGCCGUUGCACGUAUUCCCCGUGUCCGUGGCGGUGGUACUCAUCGCUCCGGUCAGGGUGCCUUUGGCAACAUGUGCCGUGGCGGUCGUAUGUUCGCACCCACCAAGACCUUCCGUCGCUGGCACCGCAAGGUGAAUGUUAACCAGCGUCGCUACGCUCUCGUCUCGGCUAUCGCCGCCUCCGGUGUGCCAGCGUUGGUCCAGUCCAAGGGACACGUUAUCGAUGGCAUCUCCGAGUUCCCAUUGGUCGUCUCCGAUGAAGUGCAGAAGCUGCAGAAGACCAAGCAGGCUGUAGUCUUCUUGCGUCGCAUGAAGGUCUGGGCCGAUAUCCAGAAGGUGUACAAGUCGCAGCGCUUCCGUGCUGGUCGUGGUACGAUGCGCGAUCGUCGCCGCAUUGCCCGCAAGGGUCCACUUGUGGUCUACCACAAGGAUGAGGGUCUUCGCCAGGCGUUCCGCAACAUACCCGGCAUUGAGACCAUUUGCGUGGACAAGCUGAACUUGCUCAAGUUGGCACCUGGUGGUCAUGUGGGUCGCUUUGUCAUUUGGACGGAGUCUGCAUUCUCGCGCCUGAACGAUCUGUUCGGCACCUGGAAGAAGCCAUCCACUCUGAAGAAGGGCUACAAUCUGCCCCAGCCAAAGAUGGCCAACACAGACUUGUCGCGCCUCUUGAAAUCGGAGGAGAUUCGCAAGGUUCUCCGCGAUCCACGCAAGCAUGUGUUCCGUCGUGUGCGUCGCCUCAAUCCUCUGUCCAAUGUGCGUCAACUGAUCAAGUUGAAUCCGUAUGCUGAGGUCCUCAAGCGUCGUGCUGCAUUGGCCGCCGAGAAGCGUACGGUUGCCAAGGUUUUGGCCAAGGCCAAGAAACAGAAUGUGGAGCUGGCCAAGUCUCACUUUGCCAAUGUCGCCACAAAGGCUGCUGCUAACCGCGCCAAGCUGCUCGCCGCCCGCAAGAAGAAGGUCGCCGCCAAGAAACCAGCGGCUAAGAAAUAAACCGAGUUAGUUGCAGACCACAAAAACUCUUUUUAUAAAAUAAAAUAACAAAAGUUGUAUGAAUUUUAUUCAUAAAAUAAUACAGUGCGUGAAAGUAAUUUCUGAUUAAACUGAUUAAAAAAUUUA